AUGCGAUUGUACUGUUUCAACGACGUAAUCGUCAAUGACAAAACGAACAUUUUGAUCAUUAUAUUUCGAAUACAGACGCCGAAUCUUUUUCAUUUCCAAUGUUCCGUAAAUCAACAAGCGGUAGAUAUUCAGUCGUAUUCUGGUGAUUUUUUAUAUAUUCUAUUGUUUAUUAUUUGUUUUUUACAAAUAAAUGUUUCCGCACAAGAAGAACGAAUUCGUGCGUUGGAAAAACGCAUCGAAGAGCUGGCAAAAAGGCAACAACAUUAUCCGGAAGUGAAAUUCUUGUCAUACAAAGAUCGAAAGCGCAUUUUAGUAACUGGCGGUGCAGGUUUCGUUGGCUCACAUCUUGUUGAUCGUUUAAUGUUGCAAGGCCAUGAGGUGAUCGUUGCAGAUAACUUUUUCACCGGUCGAAAACGGAACAUCGAACAUUGGAUUGGGCAUGAAAAUUUCGAGUUGAUCAACCAUGACAUCGUCAAUCCUCUUUAUAUCGAAGUUGAUCAAAUCUACCAUUUAGCUUCACCUGCAUCACCUCCACAUUACAUGUACAAUCCAGUGAAAACGAUUAAGGUCAACUCGAUUGGAACUAUUAACAUGUUAGGUAGGAUUUGUCAAAACUCGCCACUGACUUGCAUGCUGUUUUUGAAAGGCUUAGCACGUCGCGUCCGUGCACGUCUUUUAUUUGCUUCGACAAGUGAAGUCUACGGUGAUCCCGAAGUUCAUCCGCAAAAAGAAUCGUAUUUCGGUAACGUGAACUCAUUUGGACCUCGAGCAUGCUAUGAUGAAUCGAAACGAGUGGCCGAAGCAAUGUGCUAUGCUUAUGCACAACAGGAAGGUAUCGCUAUUCGAAUUGCUCGAAUAUUCAACACGUACGGACCGCGUAUGCACAUGAAUGAUGGACGUGUUGUUAGUAACUUUGUUUUGCAAGCACUACAAAACGAACCGAUUACUAUUUAUGGCACUGGUAAACAAACUCGUUCGUUUCAGUAUGUUAGCGAUCUCGUCGAUGGUCUGAUCGCGUUGAUGAAUAGUAAUUAUUCAACACCAAUGAACUUGGGAAAUCCAGACGAAUAUAGAAUUGAACAAUUUGCUUCAAUAAUUCGCGAUCUAAUUGGUUCAAAAGCAUCCUUACAAUACACUGAUGCAGUUGUCGAUGAUCCAAAACAGCGUCGACCAGAUAUCACUCUUGCAAAAACAUGGCUCAACUGGGCACCACAAAUCUCACUUACUGAAGGUUUAAAUAAAACAAUCGAAUAUUUCCGCAACGAACUUCAUGUCAAACACCAUAGCGAACGCAAUGUGUACUUUCCGAAAGAAUGGUUGCACACACAAGAUAUAGCAAAUGUGAUUCCAGCGGAUCAUAAAGAACUUUAA